AUGAAUAAUUUAUUAGAUUUAAAUUACGCAUUUAACUUGAGCCGCCAAUGUUUGCGGCUAGUUGGCAUAUGGCCCGAUCCACAAAUCUCUUUAAAUGAUUUUCGUUGGAAAAGCAUAAGACUCAUAAUAGCUAUUUGUAUUAUGAGUGUUUAUGGAGUCAUCCCGCAAAUAAUAAAUCUGAUCCGUGCUUGGGGUAACAUGACUCGAAUGAUGGAUGCCUUUGUCCUCGUCAAUUUCUUCUUGACAUUGACAUUGUGGAAGCUGAUUUAUACCAGAUAUCACGGCGAGAAACUUCGAAUACUAAUAGCAUCGGUUAUGACUGAUUGGGCAACUUCGAAGAGCAAUUGGGAACGAAGUACAAUGUUGAAGCUAGCAAAAAAUGGCAGAAAUUUAUCUUUUGGAUAUUUCACAACUGCAAUAUGCACAAUUCUAUUUAUUUAUUUUGUUCGUCUUGGGCCUGUCAUACGAAACAUACACCAGCCUCGACGUCAUCUUGUGUAUCGGUUCGAUUACAUUCAAAAGAGUCCGAAUUAUGAAAUCACCUGUUUUAUUCAAGUCUGCAGUAGCUCGUAUGCAAUUCUCAGUACCUGUGGCGUCGACAGUUUCAUCUCGAUACUCGUGUUUCAUAUGUGUGCACAACUAAUAAACCUACGAAGCACGCUCAACAAUUUAAUUGACGGAUUAAGCAACAAAUCCAUAUCUUCCUCGAAAUUUAAAAAAAGUCUAUCUGCGAUCGUUAUACGACACAAGCAUCUAAUCAGGUACACCUGGAAAUUUUUACUGCGCACGCAUAUUAUGUAAUACAAUAAAGUGUUUUUAGCUAAAAGAAAACAUAUUAUUCUGAAAUAAAAAUAAAAUCGAGAAUGCCAUUUAUAUUUAAUAAAAAAAUAAAUAUAUGUAUAUACAUAGUGUCCCACCGAAAGUGGCCACCCCUUUUUAUCGUGCUUUUAAACUAAAAAAGAUAGACAGUAACAAAUAUAUAUCAAAUUAAAUGAUUCAAAUUGAACUCUAUUGUGAGCAUAGUAGUUGCUUCCAAAAGCUAUCUGUGUUAAAAAACGAAUAAGGAUGCAUAUUUUUUUUAUAAUAAUAUGAAUUUCUUGACAUGAAAAAAGUUGUAGCGCUGUUUGAAAGGAAUACAAUGAUAUAUAAUAUAAUGUAAAUAUUUUCUAUAUUAUAUGAGUUUUAUCAACUUGAAAUAUCGCGGGUGACGUCUAUCUUUUC